UCCGGUACCAGCACCCCACACCGAACCCUAUUAUGACAUCUCAAUUUGGCGAAAAAGGCAGCAAGGGGUCAAUUCAAAUAGGGCUUUGGAGUUUCGGAGAUCUUGUCGCCACAGAUCCAUUGUCAGGUCUCAACACACCAGUAUAUGUGGAAGCGGAUGAUAUCGGGUUCUACAAAGGUUCACUAUAUUGCAUCUCGCGAGGCGAUCACUUGUUGGUUUGGACCCCGACCUUCCCCGAUGGCAAAGUCGUGUUGGAUGAUUCAAAUGAUUGGAAACACUUCUUCGUGCAGUAUGAAUUGAACGGCGGGCAGUUGGAACAUGAGAACCACUUCUGCAGCCGCUAUCUGGUGAUAUCUCGAGGGCAACUGCUUCUGAUACUUCGCUACUACUCGUGUGCUAACAGAAGUUUGGCAGAAAAAUUCAGCUUGUUCACAAUGGAGGUUCCGAAGUUUGACAUCAGUAGACAUGGUGCAGUUUCGUGUAUCUGUACCCUGCAACCGAGCCUGGAUGGCCGGAUGCUGUUCGUGGGGCGAGGCUGCUCCAGAUCCUACGAAACUGCUGACUACCCGGGGUUGAAGGACGGUGUCUACUUCUCGGACGAUCCGAGCUUCUACGACGAGCAGAUCAUGUUCCGCAGUGUCGAUGAGAGGCAGUACCCCUGCAGCGACAACGGCAAGUGGACAGAAGGAUCGCCGCCCUGUGUCGUGCCCUUCCUCCCGGAGCAGGAGCUGGAGAGCUCUUCAAACAGCUCUUCUGCGGUUUGGCUUCUCCCUUGAGAGUUGAGAUGGCAGGUUUUUUUGCUACAACCCUCUACCUCCAUUCGCUUAGUCUGUGAUGUUAGAGUGCCUUGGAUGUGAGUGUUUGCUGUGACCUUGUACAGACUGAGACGAUUGCUGAAAACUUUUUAUUUUUGAAAGAGAUUGCUGAAAACUUUGAGAUCAUUGCCGUGCCUUACGGUUAUAUACUUUCCUGUACUUGUGAAAAUCUCAGUUUGCGCCCCUGAACGCAUAAAAGGUUACCGGUUGUGACUGAGAUGUAAUAGAGAAACCAUUCUGGAAUAUUAGUGUUUGUGAUCAGUGUUUUUCCUUUUGAUUUCACCCUAACAAUGAGUUAGAUUGAUAUGCUUGUAUUC